AUCUCAGAAACUCUCGUAGCCUUCUGGAAACUUCCUGAAAUUCUUACUCGUCAAGAGAACUUGAAAAUCAGAUUUGAAAAAAAUGUUUCCAGAGAACUCAACCUCGUCGAGAAAAAAAUCGAAGAAAAUGCAAUGGCACGAUCACGAGAACUACUGAGACUUCUCAACGCUUACAACAAAAUAACGAAAUCAGAAGAGGAUCCUUCAGAUCAUCCACCUUCUCAAUCCAUCAUUAUCCCAGAACAAGUCUGA